UGUUCUUUGAAAUUUGGAAAGAGAAUCUUAUUGUGUUGGGCAUUGGCCAUUGAGUGCAUGGGCCAUUGACUUCCGAGAUAGGCAAUGCUUGUACCCUUUUUGGCCAUCCCCUUCAAAGGUUGCCAACGCCGCAGAACAAGGUCGCGGUCUGAAACACGGAAAGAACAAGGUCCGCCAUGCCUUAUUUCAACAAUCUUCGCUGCUUGUCCUUCCUGUCCUCGUCCUUCCCAUGCCUCAGUCUGAACGCCUCUUUAUUCACUACCUGCUCUCCUGGGCAUUUACUCGCCGUUCUCCAUGUAUUUUCUACAGGCUUCCCAUGGAUGUAUUACUGUACUGCCUGUUUCCUUAUCUCUCUGUUCGAGACAUAGUUGCUCUUCGCAGGACCAGCAAACCCUUAUUCCUGCUUUCUCAAGAACCAUCAAUAUGGAGGCGUUUUCUCAGCCGGCUAGAUAUUGCAACCCCACCACUUCCACAAUUCGUGCCCUAUACAGUCCAGCCCAGCGAUCUCAAAGUCGAACAAAUGGUCGCCACAGCCAUUUCUGCUAACCGCAACUGGGAAAAGCCAAACCCUGAACCAGUCAACUAUUUUCAUGUCAGGUCGGGCUGCAAAAUAUUGGAUAUGGCCGUUCUUCCUGGAGGCCAACAUCUUGUCUCGUCCUCGUUCGACUAUCGUAUGGGGUACCGCGUUAUGGUAUCCAAUGUGGAACUCCCCAGUCACGAAGGGAUGUUCGCUCUAGCCAGUAUCUCUACCCUCGCUCGACCAGAGUAUCUCCAAGCACGUUAUAUGGUGUACAACGACAAGCCAGGUAUCAUGGUGUGGUUUGUCGUGAAAUCCAAGGUUGGAAAGAGUCUUGACGGGACCGAUACACUUGAUCCAUCGACUCGACGCGUCGGAUAUACCUGCCAUUUUGCCCACAUUAGUCUCGACUCCCUUUCGAACCUUGUAUUGAUCGAGCUACAACGAGCGAUGCCAAUGGAAGACCUUAACCGACUAGGCAGUCCGAGCGCUCCAGGCCCAAGCGAUAACAUCACAACAUCCGCGCCGUUCCUGCUGCUACGACCGUACACCUUCCGCGACCCGAUUCAUGAUCCCGUCCUAUUCCUGUAUCAAGGUUCGUUGUAUCUGACCUUGGCUAUCCUUCCCGAUGAGGUCGUCAUAAUCAAUCUCGACACCCAGGAAGCGCGUUCUUUUAUAUGUAACAACGAUACGCCCUAUCCCGAUUGUGACCAUCAGAUACGCGCUGUUCGAGUGCUUCCAGAGCAGGGUGACGUUCUGGUAAUCCGCACAGUGAUCAACGGGCUAAAUGACGUUCAUGUGAUGGAAAUAUACUCUCUACCGCCAGCGACCGGAAGAUUUCGCGGUUCCGCCAAGCACCGCGUUGUCGUGGAGCACAAACAAGUUGACAGUUUUCAACUCUCUGACCCAUAUAACCAGGAAUGCCCUAGUUCCCGUUCACCAUCGCCGAUCUCCGUAUAUCUUGAAACUGCCAACCCCCAUGGAGUAAUUCACUACACGAUAUCCCCCUCUCUGCACUCUGCAGCUGGGAUAUCCCACCAAUGGUGGUGUUACGAUCUCAAUAACGUAGUACCCCAAACAACUUUUAACACCGAACAAAUCGCUCAGGUUCUUCCUGGCGUCAAUCGUGCAAUUAUAUGCACGCUACAUCCCGACGAGAACCAUCAAGCCACAAACUACGUUACCGCCAUUCGACGAUAUUUCAAUCCCGAAAAGCGGUUCGAUGAUCUCCUGUCCUUUGUUGGUAAAGAUCUUAUCCCUUCGAAGCAAUCUUGUCGGUGGAGGCCGAAACACGUAUAUCGUACUUUCAACAUCUCACCCCAUAUCAUGGAAAGCCUCAAUCGGCAAGAAAUCACAGCGUUUGCAUGGGAUGAGACCACGGGCCGGACGUGUUUCGCGACAAGGAAUGACAUGCAGGUGCAUGUUUUUGACUUCGGCUCUACCACUCUACCGCGAGACCACAUCGGCCGAUGGAAUUCGCUAAAGCGUGUCCUUCGCAUUGAUCAGCCAAGUCACGGAGCUCCGGAAUCACCUCCCUCGGAUGCUGAGAUGGCGGCAGUGGAAGAAUUGCUGGAACCAGACAACUUGUACAUCUAAUUUACAUCCUCUCCUGUUACGCUGUGCCUUAUAUAUUUGGUUUUAUUUUGCAGGCCGUCCAUACGGGAUUCAUUCUUCUUCUUUUUGCCCUACUGUAUGCUGGGGCUCUAUUCAAUCCUAUGUAUGUCUACAUUAUCUUUUAGUGGAUUAAUGACAGCUCUGACCUUAAUUCAUCUAGCUCUUUAUUCGUCACUGCGUAUU